CAUGGAGGAACUCUAGCCUGUAUGUGACACGCAGAGCAGGCACUGAGAGACCUGUAUGUGGCCUCCUGUCUGUCGUCUCUGCCACUGACACACAGUCCAGAGUACACAGCACAGGGCGACUGCCUGCCUCCCUGGUUUGUGACAUGGAACUGAGGACAUGGCUGUGCUUCCUAGUGCUGGGGUUGGCGUUGCAGCCAGGCCAGUGCGUGAGCGUGCAUUUCCUGAGCCCCAAACCGCUGUACGUGGCCGUGAGCGAGACCCUGGUCCUCCGCACGGAGAUAGACAUCAGGACCAAGGAGGCAGUUCCCAUGGUGACGUGGGAGCACCUGGCCAACGACACGCACAGCGCUGACCCUCAGAAGCGUGUCACGGUGGCCGCGUAUCCUGGGAAUCUGGGGAACAAGCGAGUGGUCAUGGAGGAACAGGGCGCGGUGCUGAAGAUCUCCAACUUCGGCCACGCGGACGCUGGAGUCUACAUCAUCAACGUGACGGACCACACGGGAUACGUGGCCUCCGCACAGCACAUCGUUGCAGAAUACCUGCCCGUGUACCACGUGUCGGUGAUGGUGAACGUGUCGCACACGUCUCUGCACUGCAAGGAGGCGUGGGGCACGGAGCCGGUCUUCAGCUGGUUCCACGACCUGACGGCGGUGGAGCGCUCCAAGGGCCGCCUCUCGUCCGACAACACCACCCUCUACGUCCAGACACCGCACAUCUGCGGCACCUUCACCUGCACCGUCAGCAACAGGCUUGGCUACAGCUCAGCCUCAUACAAAACUGAGCCGUGUGAGAGGAGCGGUCAUAGCGGGACGGUGGCGGUGGUCUUCCUCUUCCUCUUGCUCAUCGUUGCCGGGGUUUUGCUCUUCCUGCUCUGGAGGCGACAGCGUGUGUACAUGACCAGAGGUGAACGCCUGAGGGAGGACGACGACUCGCCACUAUGAGCAGCUCACCUCCAACAUUCACCAAGGAGUGUGUGUGUGUGUGUGUGUGUGUGUGUGUGUGUGUGUGUGUGUGUGUGUGUGUGUGUGUGUGUGUGUGUGUGUGUGCGCACAUGCGCGUGCACAUGCUUGUAUGUGCUUGCGUAUGUAUGUGUUUGAGUGUAUGUGAUUGCGUGCCACAGUUCCGACAGGAGGGCUGUGCGUGUGUGCAUGCGUGCGUGUGUGUGUGUGUGUGUGCAUGCCUGCGUGCGCACAUGUAUGCGUUUGAGUGUAUGUGUUUGCGUGCCACAGUUCCGCCCCCAGGGCCGUGCCGCCACAGCCGCAGCUCCACAGGAGUGGCUUCCUGUUUGGGGUCUGCCUGUUGACCCUGGAGGACUAAUACCACUCAUGUAUACAUGCACACACGCGCCUACGUGUCACUCUGUAUGUUUGUCUGAAGUAACCCCGGAUGGCUUUGAGUGCAGACCCGACUGUUUGGUGUCCUCAUAGCGAGACUCUACAACACUCUUAUGCGCGCACACACACACACACGUGCACACACACACGUGCACACACACACACACACAGACACACACACACACACACACACACACACGUGUGAAUGUGUGUCUUUGUGUGUGUGUGUGUGUGUGUGUGAACACAUCUGUGUGUUCCGUGUAAGUGCGCGCGUGUGUUUGUGUGCACAUUCUUUAGAGCCGCGUGAAAACGCACACUCACACACUCAUACGCAGACGAGCUGCCUCAGAGUUUGGAGCUGACUGCUUGGCAGCAGAAUGACGUUCUCUGGCAGGAUAAGGAGCUCUUGACAUGCCUUCAUUGUUCCUGAUGAUAUUAUUAGUGCUUCACUUACCACUGCUUGUGCCGCGUUUCUUGUGUCAGAACAGAUUAUUUUCAUAUUACUGUACUUGGCGUGCUGACAGUUAAAUCAGUGUUAUUGAACAUUGUAACAAUGGGUCUUUUCUUUUUCAAUAUUGUUUACAAAACAAGCUCUGCUAACCUUCAAAGUUGUAUGCUGUUCAGUUCAAAGCCUCAAAACACAGUCUACUAACACUGGAAAAGUUUUAUAAAUAAAUAUGUGAAUAUCUUAUCUUGCACUUGUAAGGAUCGGCGAAAGGUUGUCCUUGGCCACUGGGAAGUAUGGCCAGUCUGUCGUGUCUAAGGCAUGACUAAGGGAAAGAUGUGCUGUAUACUGCCCUGCAAAGGCAAAGUGCAGUAACUACAUAAUUUGUCAAAAUUGAGUUUAGACUGAAAAGGAUCUCCAAUAAAUAACUCAAACAACUUAAUCAUUUCUUUAUUUUGUGACAAAGCCUUAUAGCCUUACUAUUACUUUGUCAACUUUGCAGUAACUACAAUAUCCAACCUAAUAGCCUACCGAAACUUUUUCAUUUUUCUCCAUUUCAAAGUUGGCGUAGUUACUGCACUUUGCCUUUGUAUGGCAAUAUUGUGAUUGACUGUGUCCAUCACACACAGAGGACGAAGGGAAAGAAUCAGCUGGUGCAGUUGGUUGGCUCAAAUAUAAUAGAAUUCUUACUCGUCAAAGUGAAUUGUAAAGUAAACUUUAAAGUCAAUGUUAUUGUAAUACCAGGGUAAAAACAAAAAAACGCAAGCUGUUUUCUCUCUAAUACAGGAAGGCUCUUAUCCACUGCUGGUUUCCUGGUAGGCCUACAGCUCGACACAGCGUGACUCAGCCGGCACUUUUUGCUUUUCGAUUGGGUACGACAUCACUCAAUCGUAAAGCAAAAAGUGGCGGCCGAGUUGCGCUGUGUUAAGCUGUAGGCCUACCAGAGCACUGACAGUGGAAAAGAGCCUUAAGAGGUUGUGAUUGGCUGAUGAAGGAUGCUGAAUAUAACCUAUGAUGCCUGUAGAAGAGUCCACAUGGGGACACUGUUGCAGUGAGAUACCCAGUAGCCUACAAUACACACCCUGGAAUUGUAUAUUAUACUAUAAAUGUAUGAAUUUAUAAAUCUUCAAAUGUGAAACAACAUGAUGUGAUAUAUUUAUUUUUUGUUACUCUCCAACAUAUUCAAAGAUGAUUUUGUACAGCUUUACACAUAUUAAAUAAUAAAAUCUACAACCCACUGUGUCUGGACUUGAGUCUAUUUACAGGAUGUCUGAGUAUGAGCUCUCAUUCCACCACCCUAAAAUAAUGAAAGUGCUAAUGAAGAGAGAUCAGAGAUCAAGUGUGGCCAGGGCCGGAUUAAGAUGGCCUUGGGCGCCUAGGCUAC